GUCACCUUAAAUCUCCACAAUGGCGGAUAAAAUAGUAUUGGAGAAAGGGUCAUCCUUUAUGGACCCUCUUAAAGGGCUUUUGUUGACCUAUUUUAUGCCAGAAUCAUGCUACGACGAGUUUUUUCUCAAUUUCAAUUUUUUGGACGUACCAUGCCUGAAGAUUGUUCUGAGCAAAGGUCUGGGGAUCGGCAUCAUCCUGGGAUCAGUGAUGGUGAAACUGCCACAGAUCUUAAAGCUGAUAGGAGCAAAGAGCGCUGAGGGGCUGAGCUUCAAGACGGUGCUGCUGGAGCUGCUGGCCAUCACAGGAACGAUGGCCUACAGCAUUGCCAACAAGUUCCCCUUCAGUGCCUGGGGAGAGGCUCUGUUCCUCAUGCUGCAGACAGUCACCAUUGGCUUCCUCAUUCAGCACUACGGAGGAAGGACCGGAAGAGGUCUCCUGUUCCUGGUUGUGUAUUUCGGCCUGCUGCUCCUCCUGCUGUCCCCAGUCACUCCCAUGUCCGUGGUUACCUCCAUGCAGGCCUUUAACAUGCCGGCCAUCAUUGUUGGCAGGCUGAUCCAGGCAGCCACUAACUACAAGAACGGGCACACCGGCCAGCUGUCCGCCAUCUCUGUCUUCCUGCUGUUCGCUGGAUCCCUUGCCCGCAUCUUCACCUCACUACAGGAAACUGGAGACUCACUGAUGGCCCUCACCUACGUCAUAUCUUCUACCUGUAAUGGCAUCAUCACGCUGCAGGUCCUCUACUACUGGAACAGCUCUCCAGAACGCAAGAAGCAGAAGAAAAAGAAGGGAGAGUAAAGAGACCAAAGACACGGCGCUAAACUUUUGACGAUCUUUUCUUCUUUCCAUUUCCAACUUUAGACUCUCUCAAAGACAAGAGGUGGCUUCAAACACUUGAAAGAACAAAAUUGACACAUGAAAUGCAUGUACAGAGCCACUGGAAUCUGCUGGACAAACACUUGACUCUGAAGCAAGGACUGGAACAAAACACGCCAUGCAGAUCUCCAGUACUGUUUUCUGUGGGUUCUAUGUAUGUUCUACGUAGGCCCCCUUGUUGCUGGUUUUGCAGGUGGUGUUUAGCUCUGAGCAGAGCUGCUGAGUCCAGACUCCAGGAUGCUGUUUUUACAUUCCACUUGAUGCAGUUUUCCUCAUUUACAGUCAAGCUGUGUUCAAAUGUUCGGAAAGGGUUUGUGUACCUGUCCGCUCAGUUUUCACACCCAGGGUAAAAUUAUUAUUAUUAUUAGUUUAUUUUAGUUUUUUUGGGGGGGGGGGAGGGGGGGUUGAAACCAUUUUGAUUUGUUUUGUCCUUUCACCAUAAACAUAAUAACAAACCAGCACCUUCAAUGAGUCUCGCAUUUGCAGAUUUGCACAAUGUGAUGCAAACUUCCACCUGUGAAAUAUUCCUGUAACAUUCUACAGCAUCAGAAGUGUAACAUAAAGGUGAAUCCCUGAAUUAAACUCAGGUUUAAACAAGACUCAGCUAUGCUAGCAACUCUGUGAGACUGCACUUUGAGCUACAUGCUAACAUUAGCAAAGCUACCAUUGCUAAUGCUAAAACACAUUAUUCAAAGAGAGUUUAGAAACACACACUCACGCCCAAUGACAACUUCCUGUCCUGAGAGUCAGCAUCUGACAUUUUUAUGUGAAACAUCAGUGAACUACACAACAAUGUUGUCGUGUUCAGACUGGUAUUGCAUGAGAGCACCAUGCUUUUAAAGUAGCAAACAAAUGGGACCACACCACAUGAUCUGGGGUUUAAACUAAGACAAACAAAUCUGGUAUUGCUUCUUUCUACUUCAAUUCUAAGUGUCAAUCCAGACAGGAAGCUGUGGCUGCUUCACAAUAAGAGCAUUAAAAUGACAGCUCAAGAUAUACAGGGUACAAACUGAACGUAACUAAAUAUCUCAUUGUUUAUGACAUAUGCUGAAAAAUAAAAAGCAGUGAUUGUGCUUUUACCACAUACUGGAUUCUGUUCUAGCUCAGGUAACCUGCAGUCAAAAAAUCGGAACCAGGAAUCAGUUAUGAGGCGGAAACCAGUUCAAGUCAAAAGGCACCCAGCUUCACCAUGAUUACAUUCCUGAUCCGAUAUACUGUAUAUGAAGGAGCUGGUACACAAUGAUUGGAAGAAAGUGUGAUGUGUUCAAAUGUGAGCGUAAUAAAGUGUUUUGAUGGAA